CAGACGCCAUGGCCAGGAGCUGCCGUAAAGUGACGCCGGGGCCGGCUCGCAGUGCGGCUCCUUCACGGCACGGAGCCGCAUUGAAGUCCUGGUGUCAGGCCGCGGGCGGCAAAUCCGGGCACGCCCCGCGGGGCAAGCAGACCAGUCGGCUACUCACUUUACGGCAUUUUCCGCAAGCGCCGCACUGCCAGGCGGCCCCGGCGUCACUUUACGGUAGCUCCUGGCCAUGGCGUCCGGGGGGUUUGAAAGUGAGCGGAGCCUGGAGGCGCGGAAGGAGCGGAGGCGGCGGGAGCGGGAGGCGCUGCUGGUGCAGGCCAAAGCUGAUUACGAGAAGGACGAGAGACGCAAAGAGCUCAAGCGGCUGCGAGGUGAGGAUACGUGGAUGCUUCCUGAUGUGAACAAACGUGUGGAAGAGCUGGAAAAGGAACAUUCUGUGAAGAAAAAGAAGAAAAAAGAUAAACACUCAAGAAAACUUAAGAAGGAAAAGAAGAAAAGCAAAAACCAAAAAUUUGAAAAAAAUGAUGAUUCAAGUGAUAGCUCUUCAGAUUCUUCAGUUGAAUGGGUUGAAUCAACUAUAUCACAAUCAAUUUGCACAGAAAAGGCUUGGAAAGUCAAGAAGGAGCAGUCAGAUACUACAGAAAAUCCUGCAGUUCAGAGAGAUGAAUGGAUGACCUUAGAUUUUAUGUCUCUGAAAACCACGUCUGCGGCAUCACUCAAAGCUGAAAAAGAGACAGAAAAAUUAUUGGAGCAACAGAAAGCCCAAGCAAUUGAACAGUCUAGAAUUUCUGAAAGAGAGCUGAACCCCUACUGGAAAGAUGGUGGAACAGGUUUACCACCAGAAGAGGGUGAAGCAACUUCAGUUAAAAAAGUUAAAAUUGUUGAAGAUGGUGGAUUAAGUUGGUUAAAGAAAUCCUAUCAAAGGAUGAAGGAACAGGCUGAGAGAGAGAAAAGAAAUUUUGAGGAAAUUGUAGCUGAGAGAUAUGGGUCAGUGGAAAUAUUUCAAUCAAGAUGGGAAGAAGCUGAAGAAGCUGCAUCAAAACAGGAAAAUGAAUAUAGAAAAGGAAGAUGGAGAAAAUUUAACUAUUCAGAGAAUGAGCAAAAAGAGAGAGAGCACCACAAGGAAAAAGAAACACAAGUUGAAGGUGACAGAAUCAAGGGUACGUGUAAAGGACAUUCCAGAGAUAGGCAUAAUAAGAUAUAUCCACUGGAAGAAAGAGGUUAUAGAAAAAACAGGUCAAGAGAAGAACGAGAAUAUAGACAUCGUAGCACAGACUCUGAGUUAAGAGACGAUUGUUCCAAAGCAGCAAAACAUUCUGAUGAAAAACGAAGUCAGGAGACGGUUUCCUCUCUGCGCAAUUUGAAAUAUAAAUUUUUGAAACCUUCUGAAGAUGAUUUGUCAUCGGUUAGUAAAGACUGCAAGGUACAGCAAUCCUCAUUAAAACUACCAUCUUGUAGCUUUUUGAGCAGCAAUUUCCAAAAACCUGGUGAGGAAAGUGAAGAAAAAACACCAUGGAGCGGAACACAUAUAACAGAUGAAAAUGAGAAACCAACAUUAGAUCAAAAGCCAUUGAAAAUGGAAAAAAUUACUUAUGAGGGAGCUCCAAAGGCUGAAAGAGAGAAGACACAGGAAGAGAACCUUGGAAACAUCCCCAAGAAGAAAGUGCUAUUGCCAGACAGCAAAACAUCAUAUUCUGGACAUACUUCAAAGGAUGGGACACCCCAGGCCCUUAGUGAAGAGGAGAUGAACAGACUGGGAGCCAAGAUUGUGAAAGCAGAACUGAUGGGAAAUUUGGAUUUAGCUUCAAAGCUUCAAGUCCAGCUUGAAAAUGCACGCAAACUAAAAGAAAGUAGAACAGAGACUCCUGCAAGACAAUCUGAAAAGGAGGCUACAAGCUUGCAAGAAGACCAUGAAGUGAUCCUUGUCAGAACAGAUCAAUCUGGGAGAGCAUGGCCUGUGAACUCAAUGGCAGAACCACUGGAGCCGAAAGGAGGAAGACGGAAGAGACAGAUGGGUGCUACUCACAUAGAUAAAGAAAGAGUCAGAUACUUUCAGGAUGAUGAUGAUCUGAGCCUGAAAGAUUUGGUCAAAAAUGAAAAGAUGAGAACAGCAGAGGAUCAAAACUCACUAUUCAUGCGAAUGGCAUCAAAGUUUGCAGAAAAAACUGAUCGAGAGUACUACACACUGGAUGACAUGUUUGUUUCCAAAGCAUCUAAAGGGGAGCGGAGUGGAGAAGAAGACGAAAGGCACAGAAGAAAAGCGAUAUAUGAACAUCAUCAGCUUGUUGCACGUAUGGAGAAGUGCCCAUAUUGCUUUGAUAGCCCUGAACUUCCAAAACAUCUUAUUAUUGCAAUUGGCAUCAAGGUAUACUUAUGCUUGCCGAACUAUCAGUCUCUUACUGAAGGCCACUGCGUGAUAGCUCCUUUGCAGCACUACACUGCUGCAACACUUCUGGAUGAAGACAUCUGGGAAGAAAUCCAGAUGUUCAAAAAGGCCUUGGUAAAGAUGUUUGAAGCUAAAGAAUUGGAUUGUGUCUUCCUAGAGACAAACAUGAGUAUAAAGAAAAGAUAUCAUAUGGUAUAUGAAUGCAUUCCUCUCCCAAAAGAACUGGGGGAUAUGGCUCCCAUCUACUUUAAGAAAGCUAUACUGGAAUCUGAUGAAGAGUGGUCCAUGAACAAGAAGUUGAUUGAUCUUUCUUCAAAAGAUGUCAGGAAGUCUAUACAGACUAAUGCAGCUGCUACUCUGAAACCAGUUCUUUGUUUGGGUGGUUUAUCAAUGCUGCAUAACCAUGAAUGAAUCUCUACCUAUAGAUUGGACUCCUGUUCUUUUUAAAAUCUUCCACAUUUCCAUAUCCCACUUCCUUUCUUAAACUAAACAUGCCCCAAGACAAACUAAUCCUCUUUCCUUUUUAUACCCUCUUCUCUACCUAUCCCUCUUCAACCCUUUCCUCAAAACCGACUUAUUCUGGUUACAGUGGUGUAGCCAUGUUGAUUCCAGGAUAUUAGAUAUCUUUUAUUGGACCAACUUCUGUUGGUGAGAGAGAGAAACUUUUGAGCUUACAUAGAGCUCUUCAACAGGUCUGGGAAAGGUACCGCGAGUGUCACAGCUAAAUACAAGGUAGAACAGAUUGUUUAGCAUAAGUAGUAGUUAUUCUAAGAGACCAUUCAAGGUGAAGGGCCCACUAACACCUAUGCAAACGUAGGACAAAAGCCCUCCAGAUUUUUGUAAUGAGCCAGAAAUCUAGUGUCUUUAUUAAAACCAUGAUCUUUACUGUCUAGCAAAGUUAUGAAUUUAAGCUUGCAGGCUUGUCUUUUGAAGGUGUUAUACAGAUUUCCUUUGAGGAAGGACUGAGAGGUCUGAUACGGAGUGAUUAUUUUGUAAAAAUUGUUCACCCUUAUCAUUAAACAUUUACAAUCCAUAUUGGAUGGGGACCACAUCCUGAAAGAAAUCUUUCCCAAGCCCCCUCUUCUGGCCUUCAAACCCCAGGCCUCGCCAGGCUCAUCAGAAGCAAGCUCCCCACAGACCGGGACCCAUCGACUCAAAGCAGCACCAGACCCUACCAGAACAACAGAUGCAAAAUCUGUGGAAGCAUCUCCAUUGCUAUUAUGAUCAGUACCCCCACACCCAACACACCUUUCAAAAUCAAUGGGUCCUACACAUGCCUAUCACAAUAUGUGGUACACCUCUACCCCGAUGUAACGCAGUCCUUGGUAGCCAAAAAAUCUUACCGCAUUAUAUCCAGAGGUAAAAGUAAGCCAGAACGGUACAAGAGCUGGUACGCUGUGCCAGACUGGACAGGCUUUCCCGGCGGUGAUUUAAAGGGCCUGAUGCUCCAGCUGCCGCGGGCUCCAGGAGCCGGGCUCAGGUGGGGAUUUAAAGGACCCGGGGCACCACACAAAUUCAGAUAUAAGGCGAUAAAGCAGCGGGGCUCGGGUGGAGCUUUAAAGGGUCUGGGGCUCCCUGCUGCUUUACCAUGUUAUAUCUGAAUUUGUGUUAUAUCGGGUCACGUUAUAUUGGGGUAGAGGUAUAUAUCUCAUCCAGUGCAUUGAAUGCCCCACUAACAACUUUGUGGGCGCAACCAGGCAAUCACUAUUUUCUCAAAUGAACUCACAUAGAAAAAUGAUAAGACAAAAAUACCAUAUCACCUGUAGGUAAACAUUUUUCACAAAAUGAUCAGUCCAUAUCUGACCCCUCAGUCAUCAUUCUCAAAGGAAACCUGAGUAUGUUUCACAAACUUGAUGAAGAUCUCUGUAUAAACUCUCUCUCUUACCAACAGAGCUUCAUUCAGUAAAAGAUAUUACCUCACCCACCUUGUCCCUCUAAUAUCCUGGGACCAACACAGCUGCAAUGGUACUGCAUACAACAGUCUUAGAGUAUGUGUUAACUACUUUCGCUAAACAAUCUUGUAUUUAGCUGUGAGACUCUCGGUACCUUUCCCAGACCUGAAGAGCUCUGUGUAGCUCAAAAGCUUUCUCUUUCACCAGCAGAUGGUCCAAUAAAAGCUAUUCCUUCACUCACUUUGUCUCUCCUUUAUUUUGAUUAAUAUUUUUUACCACUAGUAUCUAUGGCUCUUUUCUCCUGCCCUGGUGCUAUACUAUAUAAACAAGCAAACAAGAAAUAUAAACAAUCUUUAUGGAGUCUGCUUUUUUGGUACAACAGUGUUCACACAUCGGUUGUAUACCUUUCCCAUUGCUCACUGCCCUUUUUCUGGCUUCAUGCCUAUUCCCCCACCUUUACUUGUGUUAUCUUUCUAAGCUAGGGUCAGAUGCUAACUAAUUUUAAUGCAAGUAUGGAGGGAAAUUAGGUCUUCUCCCAGUCCCCUUGGCAUGACUACAUCAGGUCUAGCUGUGUCUUAAGUGUGGGUCCUGUGUGGAGGUCAGAAGCUGCUCUGUGGAUGUUCCCACUAGGGAGCAAAUGUAUGGGUGUUGUGACUAGUGAGUGUGUGGAACCUUGACUACCCCCACCUACAUGCUGUACAGAGGAUAUGGCUGGGUAUGUGGUAACAGUCCCUUUCCCAAGGGCUGCAUUAUUUUACUUCCUGCACUCUCUUUCCUGAGCCAGAAGGGAUCACAAGAGGAAUUGUCAUUGAGAAAGACUACUUCUGGGUAGUACAGCUUACUCACCAACUCUCUUCAUAGGCUUUAAGGCUAUUAUGGUCAGCUAAUCUGACCUCCUACAUAGAAUCAGAGAAAC